UCGAAGAUAACAGCAUCCAGCAUUGAUAGUUUAAAUGGCAACGAACUAUAUUGAAACUAGUAAAGCAACUACAGCCUCAAAACUUGAUUGCGACCUUCAAAUCUCCUAAAUAUAAGUGCUCCGAAAUAUCCAGAGACAUUAGAAAGCAGCCACCACGAGUGUGAGAUACUCAGUUAAUUGAAGACGUUAUUUUCUAGCUCUUAAAUAUGUAUACAAAGUUUGGGAAAACUAUAUUUCUUUUGCUGUUCAUCAACCAUAUUCGUGCUGAGCCCUUCAAGGAAUGCAAACAUGCGAUCGAUGGUACUUUUGUGGCUAUUGAAAACAAUUGUUUAGCCUACAUUUACUGCAUGGGUGAUAACUCAUUCACUGACUUAUGCCCGGCUGGCACUUAUUUCGACCAACAACAACAGCAAUGUACCGACGAUACUUCCUUCAAGUGUUCAAACUAUACAGCAGCUAUCACUGGCGUAGUGGAGCAACAGAGCGAAUCUGCACAGCAGCAGUCUACGAUAUUAGCAACGCUACAGCACAACACGGCAAAUACACUUAGUAGUGUCCUAACAACAGAAGCAACCGAUGCAUUAAGCAGUGAGACGCGGCCAAAUAUCUUGCCGCAGCGGCCACACUGCAAGCCCACUGUAGAUGAGUACUUCCCCCAUCGACUACGUUGUGAAUACUAUUAUAGAUGUACGCGUGGUUAUUUGAGUAUUUUGCGCUGCAACUUUGGGUAUGGCUGGGACUUUUUGCGAGAGAAGUGCUUGCCUCUUAAGGAGGCACAGUGCUAUAGGGUCGCUGAGACGCUUGUUUUUAAGUUUUAAAUAGUUUUUUUUUGGAAAAUUGUGGUUUGAGUGUUUUGCUGAAUAUUUAAAUACGCGUGUGUGUGUAUGUGUAGUUCUUUUUCUUUUUGCUCGAAGGUAUGAAAAUCAUUUCAUCAGCUCUCUUAAAUGCUCACAUAAAAAGAAAAUC